UCGUGAUGUGACGUUGUACAGGAACAUGGCGCUUUGGUGGGUAGCUGUUUCAUGACAGUCGGGGCUCUUGUCUAAUUGAUCUGUGUUAACUUAAAUAUCACGAAGCUAUAGACAUCAAAUAUGAGACGUCGUCACGGCCGAGCGCGCAGCUGCUCUCCGUGGACACCGGGACACUAACGUCUCGUAGCGGUGUUUGCUGUCGUCAGCUGAAACUGUUAGCAUUGGCAUGCUAGCUAAAGCUAGUUAGCUGGUGUGACAGUAAGUAGCUAACGUUAAACAUAAUAUAAUAUAAUGCUUGUUUAUGUAGCCCACGCUGACGUUACACUGGCUAUCAAUGAUUAGAAUACGCGGUUGGGUAUCAACACAGACAUUUAUUGUUCAGGACGACGAUUCCAAAUAGCUAACAUUUGUGUUAGCUAAGCCAAGAGGAGGAUGAGGAGCCGCCACGGAUAUGUGUUGUUGCUGGUCGGUGGGAUUCUCCUGUCGGCAGUCUGGCUGUCGGAAGCUGCCCCUCUUCAAUUUCCCCACAAAUCAGGUGGAAGCGAAGGGGACACGCUGCCUGUUUCUGUCUCGCUGUCCCUGCUGGUUUCGCUGACGGCGCUUUUGGCCUUGGUGGUGUUGCUAGUGAACUGUGUGACCUGCUGCAAGGAAAGGGAGAUCAACUUCAAGGAGUUUGAGGACCACUUUGACGAUGAGAUUGACUUCACUCCACCAGCAGAGGACACACCUUCUAUGCAGUCCCCGGCCGAGGUGUACACCCUCGCUGUGUCCCCUGUGGCCCUGCCUGGACCCCCACACCUCCAACCUCCUGUCCGUAUCACAGAGGGAUCCACAGGCUUCCAGGUAGCGCGUCACAGUCUCAGUUAUAUCCAAGAGAUUGGCAACGGCUGGUUUGGUCAGGUCCUUCUGAGUGAAAUCUACACUGAUCCAGGAGGAGCCAGGGUGGUGGUGAAGGAGUUAAAAGCUAAUGCAAGCGCCAAGGAGCAGAAUGACUUCCUGCAGCAGGGGGAUCCAUACAGAGUGCUGCAGCACCCAAACAUCCUCCAAUGCCUGGGCCAGUGUGUUGAGGCCAUUCCCUUCUUACUUGUCUUUGAGUACUGUGAAAUGGGUGAUCUGCGGGGCUAUUUGUCUCAGCAGGACUGGCUGUUCAGAAAUGCUGAGUUGCUGCAGCUGCAGAGGAUGGCCUGUGAAAUCGCUGCUGGUGUCACUCACCUUCACAAACACAACUUCCUGCACAGUGAUUUGGCUCUGAGGAACUGCUACCUGACUGGAGAUCUUACUGUCAAAGUGGGAGACUAUGGAAUUGGACCCUACAGAUACAAAGAGGAUUACAUCAUCACAGAGGAUGACGUGUUUGCGCCCCUUCGCUGGUUGGCUCCUGAACUGGUGGGCGAGCGCCAUGGGGGUGUGGUCACGAUGGAGCAGACCAAGCCCAGCAAUGUGUGGGCCUUGGGAGUCACAUUGUGGGAGCUCUUUGAGAAUGCUGUCCAGCCGUACCCACAUCUUACUGACCGGGAGGUUCUCAAUCAUGUGAUCAAGGAUCAACAAGUCAAACUCUUUAAGGCACAGCUGGAGCUCCCUUAUUCCGACAGAUGGCAUGAGGUCCUGCAGUUCUGCUGGCUGUCUCCAGACAAGCGGGCCACCGCAGAGGAAGUGCAUCGUUUGCUCAUCUACCUGCGCAUGCAAGGCCAGAAGGACAUAGAAGAAGACUUCGAUCAACGCUGGGACGCUCUCAAGCCGAACCCUUCCACACGGCAGACCACUGUUAGCCACUCGUCGUACCCAAUCUUGGAACAGUUUGCUGACGACGCCCUGCGACAAGAGAUCGACGAAGUUCUUACUGUCACUGAAACGAGCAAAGGUCUCAGCUUUGAGUAUGUUUGGGAGGCAGCCAAGCACGACCACUAUGAUGGCAGCCAUGGGCGCUCAGGCAUGGACACGACAUUGAACUAUCACAGCAUGUUCUUUCCUGUUUCCAGUGAAGACAUCCAGGCACAUUUCCCUGAUCCCGUUGCCAGAGCAGCGGGCACAAAAAGUGGUAACACUCCUUCGGGAAUUCCUGGAAUUGUACCAGUGUUUGAUGCACAAAAAACAUCUAAUGGAAAUGAAUAUUACAUACAACUAGAAGAACCAGGGGAGAGCACUGUUGGGGAAGAUAGGAAUAGAGGGCCAGACAUGGACUUCAGUUCAGGCCGGCAAGACUUUGUUGUUCUCCAAGAUGUCCGUCUGGAUGAGUCUAGUACCGAUGCUGAUUUCUUCCACCAAAGUAUUGACUCCAAGGAUUCCUACUUACCAGACAGCCAUAUCUGGUCAUCUCUUGAAAAUGACAGUCCAUACCACACCAACAUUUUCACUGACGGGGGGUCCAAACAAGAGGACUCUCCUUCCUGGAGGCAGAGUUUUAUGGAGCUUCCAGAGCGCAAUGGGAACCCUUUCCUUCAAGGUGCACCUUUAGAAGUCCAGGAGGUGGAUAUAGAUAAAAGCAAUGAUGAUUCUUUUUUCGGGGAUUGUUCAGAAGCCUCUUACAUGGUGGAUUCUGUGCAAGAGGAGGGGGAGAACACAGAUGACAAGAGGCUUCUGAACACUGAGAAACUAGCUGACAACUUUAUGUUUCUCAAGGACCACAGCCUGAUGAAAGACAGAUCAGGUUUCUCAAGUCCACAGGAGAAUCUUCUUCUACCUGGUCGAGCCCACGAGCCAGAGGAACGGUUCAAAAUGAGUUCUUGGGACAACAUCGAGAAUUUAGGUAGCUUAAUCUCAGCAGACAAUUAUUUAAAACCUUCAGCAAGUAGCACAUCCUCAAGACAGGAACUUUUAGACUCUCCAAGUAUCAGCUCGGGGGAGUUAUGUCCUUCUGUGGUUGAAAGUAAAACACUGGUGCCUUUCAUUACGGUGGUCACAGAAGAUGAUACAAGCAACCGGCUGGCAGUUGGAAAUAGUUCUUCCACAGAAGACCUUGGUCUGAUGCAAUCCUCUGACACAGGUGCAGACUCUGGUUUUGAUUCUACCUCAAAGAGGUUUGAGGUUAUCGUCGGUCAAACUGAUGGCCACACCCCUGCAAUCUCUGAAAGUGCCACUACAGACUCAUUGUGCACAGAUGCCAAAAUUCCCAGCCUUGAAGAAGACCGUAGAACCUCUCAGAAUAUUGUCCAGCUCAUAGAAAGUAAAAUGCCUGAAAACCUGCAAGUCCAAGCAUCGUCCUCGGACAACGGACACAGUGAAGACCUCACAAGUAAUGAUCUGUUGAGUGAGCUCAUUGAGGAUGCAGAACUGGAAAGCGCUCUUUCUGACCACGAAGAAUCCUUUAUGGACACUGAUGGGCAUCCUGUUGUCGGAUCUUCUCUGUUGGUCUCUCGGCCGUCUUUGGACCAGAUCAGCCAGGACAGUUUACUAGAAGACAGCAUGUCCACCACUCUUCCCACUAUAGAUGAUUCAGCCGAGACCCCAGACUCUUUAGACUCUCUUGACAUCCACAGGCUCGGUGAACAAGGAGACGAGCUGAAUGCUCAAAUAGCCCAACACAAACUCCAGCCUCCGUACAAAAUAUCCGACAGUGGGUACGAGACGGAGAACCUGGAGUCUCCUGAGUGGAACUCUCAGCCGAAUGAGAAAGACGAUUCUCCUGUCAAAAACGGCCUGAGUGUUGCCGAAGAAGAGGAGACGGGGGAGCUCACAGCUGCUACAAAUCUGGUUCCACCAGAAAUCAUCAUCUCUGAAGUAGAGGGUGUGCUGGAUACUCAAGGUGAGGAUCUCUGUGAGGUCCAACAACCAGCUCCUGAAGCUCCUGCUGAGGAGCCCUUCAUGGGCAGCAACUACAGAGACUCCGCCUAUUUCUCAGACAAUGAAUCAGAGCCUGAGAAGAAGUCUGAAGAAACGGUUGCGGGAGGUUCUGGGGAAGUCACGUGGCUGAGAAACUCUACUGAGGUGACCAGCGCUGGAGGUCCAACACUGGAGGUCAACGUGGAGAGGGAUGCAGAUUCUUUAAUUUCCCAGCACGAAUCUUCUGUAGCUGCCGAGGCUCAUGGAGAAGAGCCUCGUGCGGGGGGGGGCAUAUUAUCGGAUGCAGAUUCUGAUGUCGCAGGAAAACGCGAGACGGAGGCGACGAAGUCUCCCAACAGUCAUAAUGAAGAUGGAAACAAACCGGAGUUGCUCAAUGAUGUCACAUCUCCUGAUCAAUCAGAAGAUCUAGAAACAUCAACUCGACUCCUUCCUCAGCUUCCUUUUGUCCCUCCAAAACCGGUGCCAGAGAGCUCGGGUCAUGCAAAACUAACCAGGACCUACGCGAGUGACGGACAUAAAAUAAAAGAGCCAGGCAUGGAGGGGCGUUUCCUGGGGAGGCGGGACGGACAGGAAGACGACGUAGACGCGGACGAGGAGGACGAGAACAGCGACGACUCUGACGAUGACAUCCGUGGAUACCAGCUCCACAGCUCCAGUUCGGAAAGCGAGGAUGAAACCGUGCAUACGGUGCCACUUAUCGUCUCCGAUGACAGUCGUGCAAAGAACCUGAAGAGCUUGUUGAAACGCAGCGCGCUCAACGUCCAGGCGUCCUCUCAGAGUUGCAAUGCCGAUAACUCCAGACGAGCCGUGUCUUUCUUCGAUGAUGUCACUGUCUACCUGUUUGACCAGGAGACCCCCACCAAGGAACUGGGUGACCACUCCUCAGGCUCACACAAUCAGGCUCCAGAGUUCAGCAGCCCGGUGCCCAGUGCCAGCUACCUGAACCGGUUCAACUCUGAAAGCUCCACUGAUGAAGAGGGUGGUGGUUUUGAGUGGGAUGAUGACUUCUCCCCGACGCCUGCCUUCCUGGCCAAGACGGAUAAAGGCUCCGUAUCAAAGACCACGUCCUCAUCGGCAGCGUCUCGCUUUUCCUCUUCGCCACCUGCAGCAGGCCGCGUGCUCGAGCCCAGCUGGACCAGCUCCUCAAACUACUCCCGUUUCUCCAUCUCGCCGGCCAGCAUCGCAAGCUUUUCCCUGACGCAUCUCACCGACUCUGACAUCGAACAAGGAGGAAGCAGUGAAGAUGGAGAAAAGGACUAGUGUGAUAUAAAUAUUACCAUCACACUAUUGAAAAAUGAACCUAAACGCACUUUUUAAGAAUGGAGACCAGCUGAACAAGGACACAUGAUGCGGUUUGUGGACGCUUCUCUCAGGCAGAACUUUUCCUACACGAGAUGUCCACGAGAACAACGACUUUCAGCCAAUGAGACGGUCCCGUUGAGCCACACCUCCUCCAUCAGUGUGUGGUUUGAAUUCAGGAGGAAAGAAAGAGUUUCUAAAUGUUUGCUUUAAAGACUUAUCAUGUGCAUUCCAGGUGUUUGGCUGCUUCUUUUUAUUGUGUGUCCAAGUGCACUCAUUUUCCAGGACUUUCACCAAAAAAAAAAGAAGAAAAGAAAAAGACUUUUUAUGCUCUGAAUUCAACACACUGGGCUGGCAAAACUCGUCACUACAGCCAAAUAGGAAUAAGCUCUUUGGUUUCAUCAGACCUAAAACUGAAGAUCCAAGCUUUUUCUCUAACUUUAUUACUUUUGCUCUUUCAUGUUGUGCGAUUAUUUCAGUGGUUGCCUCUUCUGGAAGAAUGAUUUAUUUUUUCGUAACCUCUCAUCAGGUGUUUUAUGUCACAAUCUCCUCAUUGGAGAGUCUGUGUGUGUGUGUGGUAUCCUUCUGUACAGCAUUU